GCUGUUAGCAUUUAGCCAGGUAGCAAAGUUUGCUAGCGGUUAGCUCUGCAGCGAGGUCGCCCCAAUCUUUUAAACCGAUUUGGUCCAGGAUCUGAUGGAAUAUAGUGAUGAUUAUUUACCGAUAAAGACUACAGCAAUUAAACCCACUUGCCAUUUUCUGUUGUUUCCCAGUAUAUUAACUUUUGACCAUUAGCAAGUAACAAUAGUGGUACGAACCAUUUUCCGUGGUUUGUCACGUGUAUUUAAUCUAUUGUCUUAUUUAUUUGUAUCGGUCUCUCGUCAGGUCAGCUGUUUAAAUGUAUGGAUUAGCAUAAAGACACUUGCCCCAAGGUUUCUAGAAGUUUUGAGAAAUACCUUGUAUCUUUUAGGUUCUGGCUAAUUGUUUAAGAUUUGGGUUUUUUAAAAGUAUGUUUAAUUUACCUGAACUCAUAAGGUAAAUUAUGACUAACUUACUAAAUAAGUUAAGUUUACUCCAAAAAUCAUAUUAUUUGAUUCUUGAGCAGAUUAUUUAUUUGUUUUAAUUCCAGGUUCAAUAAAAAAUUUAAACAAACGUUAAGUUAUUUAAAGAUUACGUACAAUGUUUGCAUUUUACAACAUGCACAUUUAAAAAAAAAAUAAGACAGGAUAUUUCUCUUUCACUGUUUUAAUAGUGAAUAUACACUAUUUAGAUCAUCUGCCUUCUCAGACAUUAACUUAAGCAAUCCCCCGUUCUUAAUCCGAUUAAGGUGGUGACAACUAUUCAAGUUGCAAUAAAAAAUCAUUAACAUAAUUGAUUACAUACAUGCUAUUUAUAUUACUUGAAUGUUAUUUUAAAUCACUUUUGAAUGAAAUAGGUUUUUACACAACUACUUUGAUACUUUGCUUGGCAAACCUAUUAUAACCACUUCUUAUCUAUACACUGGACAAAUUGAAAAUCAAAAACAUUCAUUUAAACAUGAUGUUUGGACCUGUAAAAUCUUCUUUGGCAUCUGUAACAUCAACGUUUAUUGCGUUUGACUUCCAAAUCUGUUUAUUUAAAUUAUUUCAAUAAUCUUGUUUUGCAGAUGAAUGAGUACUGGAUUGCAUUACUCCAAAGGAGAAAAACAGAAGGCAGUACAUAAUCUGUUGACUUGUGUAUGUGCACAUUUGGCAGGUCACUUCAGUCAACCCCUCCCACACACAUGAGUCCAAUUUUCUCUUGGAGCAGGGCCAAGUGCCAUGCCUGACCGGGACAGUUCCUACCUGUCAGGUGGUGGUGGGAGUGGCGGUACUCUGGGUGAGGAAGGAGGACCUGGUUCUGGUUUGGUGGGAGGCUCGGCGGACUGCAGAGGCGGUUCUGGGGGAGGUGUUGGUGGGAACAUCUCUGGCUCAGGGGGCAUGGGUGGAGGGACGGCGCCCGGAAACAGCAAUGGUUUUGGGAAUGGUGGAGGAGGGGGACCAGGUGCAGGACUGGCUCUAGACGGUGUUUGCAGGGACUUCAUACGCAAUGUCUGCAAGAGAGGGAAGCGUUGCCGCUUCAAACACCCAGACUUUAAUGAAGUGCCAGACCUGGGAGUGCAAAAGAAUGAGUUCAUCUUCUGUCAUGACUACCAGAACAAGGACUGCAUGCGCUCCAACUGCCGCUUUGUGCACGGGUCUAAAGAGGAUGAGGACUAUUACAAGAAAACAGGAGAGCUGCCCCCCAGACUACGAGGGAAGGUUGCGGCGCGACUUGGCCUCUCCCUGAUGGAUCUCCCUCUCAGCCGAGGUGAGGUUCCAAUCUGCAGAGACUUCCUUAAGGGGGAAUGCCAGCGAGGAAACAAAUGUAAAUUUCGCCAUGUCAAAAAAGACUACGAAUAUGAACCUUCAAGAGCUGGGGUGGGUGGGGUCGUGGGGCAGGGAACCAUCGGGAUGGUGAACACGGGUGGAGGGAUGGGUGGAGGAGGAGGCGGCGUCUGUGGAGGAAUGCAAGGACUUGUUGGAGGUGGGGGUAACCUGAUGGGGACGGGCUGCCCCAGCCUGGGCAGCUGCAGAGAUGCAGGUCUGUCUGGGGUAGUGGGCAUGGGCGGAGGUGGAAUGAGCGGUUGUCUGUCCAUCGGUUCUUCAGGACAGCGGCGGUAUGACAGAAGCUCCGUGUAUGACCCGCUGCUCGAAAGUGGGCUGUUUGAUGCCGGUUCUUUGGAGGCAUCUAUUGAUUACACUGGUCUACAGCUGAAGAGGCGGCGGUUGGAGGGGCUUCGACUGACCGAUUCGAGCGGAGGAGGGCACUACGAGUUGGGGGUUCAAGCUGCUCUGCCACCCCGUCCUCUGGAGUACAGAUUCCUGGAGGAAGAAAAUUCCCUGCUGAGGAAGAGAGUGGAAGAGUUGAAAAAACAGGUUUCCAAUCUCAUUGCCACCAAUGAGGUCCUCCUGGAGCAGAACGCCCAAUUUCGGAGCCAAGCCAAGGUGAUGACUCUGUCCUCCACUCCUGCUCCCACUGAGCAGAAUCUGGCGCCCCCUGUGGGUGCAGUGAGCUCUUACAACCACAGCAUUGCUCAGACCCACACCACCCUCAGCAGUGCUGGGCUGCAGCCUCGGCCCGUCACUCAGCAAGACCUGGUGGCUCCCACUGGCGCCCCUGCUGCUCCGCCCACUAAUGCGGCCCCACCCACUGCUCCUCCGCCGCACCUCAACCCGGAAAUCACGCCUCUCUCGGCUGCCCUCGCACAGACCAUCGCUCAGGGAAUGGCGCCACCCGUUUCCAUGGCCCAGGUGGCGGUAUCCGUGGCACCGGUGGCCGUGUCCAUGACCCAGCCUUUACCUGGCAUCACUAUGAGCCACGCUACCACCCCGAUGGUAUCGUAUCCCAUCGCAAGUCAAAGCAUGAGGAUCACGACCCUGCCUCACUGAAUACAUGUUGAACCCUUCAGUCAGACUCUAGCGUCCUAAAGGGGAAUUUUUAACAUGAAUGAUCUUUUUUUGUGUGUGUUUGGGACUAAAGUUGUGAAAAAACAGAGAAAUGUGAGAUGUGGACACAUUUAUUUCUCAACAGGAAGACAAUAUGAAGAGUUAUUUCUGUGUUGCAUGGCAACAUUAUAAGUAUCAGUUUCCUGCAGACUGGCAGAUCUGUGAACUGUCACAAAGCUCUGUGUACCACGGGCGAGAUUUUCUCCCAGAGAUGUCAACAAACUCAAAGUGUGAACUUUCCCUCAGUCUAAGAAGAUUCCUGUUCCUCCAUGUUUCCACACAGAAGAAAACAGUCUGUGUUUAUAUUUUUGUGGCUUGAACUGUUGUAAAUUAAUUUUGGUACUUAAAAAAAA